UCCCCCCCCCUCAUCCCCACCCGUGAGGAGAGACAUUGAGUGACCGAAGGAGCCAAAGCUCCGGCCGCUCCGAGACCCCGCUCCCCUGCCUGGGGCCCAGGGGAAUUUUCCAGCUGGUAAUUUCUGCUGCGUCAACACCCAGCUCAAGGGAGAGGAGAGGAGACAAGGGGGCAUUUUCACAGCAGCUCCACUUGCAAAUAACAAGCCUGAAUUCUGGCUCCAGAAUUAAAAACCUUUCCACCCCCCAAAAAUCAGCAUCUGUGCAAGUUGGACCAAGAGUUUGUCAAGAGUGUGGUUCAAAACUGCUUGGAAAAAGGGAUGAGUUACAGGACAGUUGAUGAACCUUCCAAAGCCUAUUACCAGAAACGCUUUCCCUCCGUUCAUUAAAACAUGUAUGGUGUACCAUGACACCUCGUGGCAUUUAUCUUUACUAAAGAAAACAAUUUUCAACUAUUGAGUCUGUGGACGAGAAAACACAAAGAUUCCCAAAUGAAUAACCGAAAGGAAGAUAUGGAGAUUGCCUCCCAUUACCGUCAUCUGCUUCGUGAGCUCAAUGAGCAGAGACAGCAUGGCAUCCUCUGUGAUGUUUGCAUUAUAGUGGAGGGGAAGAUCUUUAAGGCUCACAAAAAUGUUCUGCUCGGGAGCAGCCGCUACUUCAAGACUCUUUACUGCCAGGUGCAGAAGACAUCUGACCAGGCCACAGUCACUCAUUUAGACAUUGUAACUGCACAGGGCUUUAAAGCCAUCAUUGACUUCAUGUAUUCUGCACACUUAGCAUUGACGAGCAGAAAUGUCAUUGAGGUGAUGUCAGCUGCUAGCUAUCUUCAAAUGACUGAUAUUGUACAAGCUUGUCACAAUUUCAUAAAAGCAGCUCUUGACAUAAGUAUAAAGUCUGAUGCCUCAGAUGAUCUUGUUGAUUAUGAACUUGGGGCCGCUUCCAGCAGUAGUACAGAUGCUUUGAUUUCAGCAGUGGUGGCUGGUAGGAGUAUUUCUCCGUGGUUAGCUCGACGAACAAGUCCAGCGAACUCUUCUGGAGAUUCGGCCAUUGCUAGCUGUCAUGAAGGAGGGAGCAGUUAUGGAAAAGAGGAUCAGGAACCAAAAACAGAUAGCCACGAUGACAUUUCAUCCCAGUCUCUUUGGUCCAGUGACAUGGGCUAUGGGUCUUUGCGUAUCAAAGAGGAGCAAAUUUCACCAUCUCACUAUGGAGGGAAUGAAUUGCGUUCUGCCAAGGAUAGUGCAAUACAGAACAGUUUCUCAGAACAAGGAGCAGGGGAUGGCUGGCAACCCACUGGACGCAGAAAGAAUAGAAAAAAUAAAGAAACUGUGCGUCAUAUUACACAGCAAGUAGAGACUGACAGCCAGGCAAGCUCUCCAGUGCCAUCUUUUUUAUCUGCCUCAGGAUGGCCAUACAACAGUCGUGACUCAAGUGCUGAUGUGACAGAACCCAGCAAUUCGGAUAGCCGAGUGGAGAGAUCAGACCUUUACACAAAUGUUGAUGAAGCACUCCUAGGAGGUGAUGCUAGCUACCUAUCUCAGCCUCUUACCCCGGAGAAGGAUGAUGCACUUCAGGCUGCGACAGUUGCUAACCUGCGCGCAGCCCUCAUGAGUAAGAACAGCUUGUUAUCUCUGAAAGCUGACAUGCUGGGAGAGGACAGUUCUCUGCUAUUCGAGUACUUACCCAAAGGCACACAUUCUUUAUCUCGGCCUGGUGCCAACUUGAAUCGUUCAAGGGGCGAAUUUGAUGGCAAAGUGGAAGCACCAUCUCCCCUGCUGCCUUCAUCACACCUUGCCACUCAGAGCCCCCCUGUGAUCUCCUGUUCUGGUGAAAUGUCACCAGAAACCAUGAUAAAAGGAAAGCUGUCUUCCUCGGCUCAGGCCCCCUGUGAUGGAUUUUUAGCACUGUGGCAGUUUGACAACUCUGACACAGAUAUAAACAUUUCAAGAUCUGAAGAUGACUUAAGGAAUGAAGGCCUGUUCUCGGAUUCAACCUUAACCGAGAGUCUGACUUGUGGUUUCUGCAGGAGGGUUUUUGAGUGCACUGAAAAGUUGAAGGAGCACAUACACGAGCAUGCUUUUUCCAUGAUUCUUCCUUUUGACUUAAUUGACUGUGCCAGACCUGUGCUCAUUGACCUCACUGAUCAUGUGUCCCAGGAUCAGCUUGCCCGUUUCCAAUGUUCUAAGUGCCCUGCAAGCUUCACACUAAAAUCAAAUAUGGAUAGGCAUGAAAAGACAAUCCACUUUAACCACAAGAAGAUGCAGUGUCCUGACUGCUUAAAACUCUUCCGAGACAAAACAGAUCUGAACCGGCAUCUCAUGUCCGUGCACUCAGAUGAACGUACCUUUGUGUGUCUCUUUUGCAGCAAAGGUUUUGGUACACAAAAGAAUCUCACUACUCAUAUGAAAGUGUGUUACCUGGGCUCUGCCCAGCCAAUGGGUGAAGAAGUUCUGGAUCGUGUGGAUCAAAAUCAGGAACCUGAGGAGGUCCAUCAAAGCUGUAUUAAGGAAAUGAGAAAAUCAUGAAAUUGGAGGGAGAUGGGAUCACAUGUUUUAGGAAUUUAUUUUUUAUUAAAUCCAUAAAUUAAGAGGCGUAUAUUGCUGCAUUGUUACUUGCCGAAAAUGGGUUUACCAUUGGAUAAGCUAUAACACUAUAAUAAUUCCCAGAUAUUGGACAGAUUGGUCAGGCAUUAUUUCAGUUCCAGAUUUUGUAAACUAAAAACUCUAAUUAGAAUCAAGAUGCAAUUUUGUGUAAGAAUAUUUUUGAUAGAUAAUAUAAUGGUAUUUUGGAUUACUCCUGAUUAGAGGUUGCAUUCCCUUUAAAUUUUUACAUGUCAUGAUUAAGAGCUUUGGCUUGUGUAUUUUUUAAAUAUAAGCUCAAGCCUUUAGAGAAGAUUUAAUUUGUUAUACAGAGAUAAUGGUUUUAAAGAUAAUUAAUUUAUUUUUAAAAGCAGUUUUAAAAGAUUUCUUUGUAAACAUAGCAAUUCAUGGCAGUAUGUUAUUUGCUGUCCCUAUGUACUGUGGGGGUCUUUAUGAAUGGAAAUGAUCAGUGAUUGUAAACAUUUCCUUGGUUUAAAAUUCUGCUUUAUGGGUUCUGUUAAAAAUAGUCUCAAAUGGAUUAUUGAGAAGUAUACAGGAUAACUGCAUUUGGGAGUGGAAGAGGGCGUGUCUCUGUGUCAACUUUGUCAUCUAAGGAGAUUUCCUCCUCUGAUGUUAGGCAUUACACAGUUAAACUAUAAGCUUGUUCUGUACUGCAGCUAAAGUGAAUCUGUUCUGAAAAGUACAAAUUCCAGCAGAUCUCAGGCAUGGGAAGAGGAAGGUAGUCCUACCAGAAAAGGUGAAGCUGGCCUGCUGUUUAAUACAAUUAGACUAUGGCAUUUUGAGAUUUUUUUUUUUUAAACUUCCUUUGGCUUCCUGCCAAUGUAUCAUGUAUGUGCACUCAGCCACUUCCUCUUCCCUAAAACACUCUGGUUGUUGCCUGUAUUAGGUGAGAAACUCUGUUGAACCACUGUGCAAGUAUUUCUGCUUUGCUGAAUGUCUUCAUUUAUAUUAGUUUUUAAAACCACAUAAAACUUCUGGAAUGCUAUUGGACAAAGAUUAGAUUUAUAUUGCAUCAAACAGAUUAUAAAAGAAACAGAACAACAACAAAAGACCUAAACUUUGCAAUUGCACAACUGUGGGAUUGAGUUGCUAGUUCCAUCUCUGGCCCAAACUGCCAGUUAAUGAAAGUACUUUGCUAUCACCAAAUGCCACAAGCUAUUUAUAAAGAAGUCCAGUUUUCUGUAUCAUAUUUAGAAACUCUGUGCUACUUGGGCAUGGUUCUAUACUAGGAUUUUUUUUAAAUUGCUGCAGGGUUAAGAACAUUAGAUUAUUUAGUAUGCUGCUGAAUGUUACCUGGAGUUAUUUUCUAUAUCUAUGAGUAAGAAUGUGGCAUUCAAAAACUAAGUUUCUUCAAGUGUUUUAACUCUGUCAAUUGGUCUGUACAUUGUGGUUGAGCCAGCCCAAUUGAAUGUACAUAAAAAUAGAUCCUCUUGCUUCAAAAAGCCUAAUACUAUAUAGUGGAGACAGUGGAGCUUGACAAUCAGCCACUGUUACUGGAAGGUUGAAGUCUAACAAUAGUUCCCAUUUAAUUACUUUGGUUCAAUUAUUUGAAAGCUGUGAACUGUUUAACUCACAGCUUGCUAUUUAUUUUCAUACAAAUACAUAUUAGUUUAAUUACUCUAACAAUUGCUGUAGUUUAAGCAGGGCAGGGAGGCAAGUGGGGCAAUUUGCCCCGAGCCACGCAGGGGCCCCAAAAGAGUUUUUCGGGGCCCCUGGAGCGGUGUCCUUCACUCGCUCCGGAGGUCCCGGAAAUCUCUCGCAGGGCCUGGGCCCCCGGAGCGUCUUCCGCUCCGGGUCUUCGGCAGCAAUUCGGCGGCGGGGGGUCCUUCUGCUCCAGGACCCGCCACCGAAGUGCCCUGAAGACCCGCGGCGGGGGGUCCUUCCGCCCCAGGACCCGCCGCCAAAGUGCCGGGUCUUCAGCAGCAAUUGAACGACAGGGGCCCCCCACCGCCGAAGACCCUAGGCCCCCUGAAUCAUCUGUGCGGCCCUGAGUUUAAGGCACAGUAAGUGUGCUUUUCAAAUACUCUCCACAAUGCACAAGUUGUCAGCAACUUGGUCUGGUGCUUAAGGGUUAUGUAAUGUGUUGGGGUUAAUUUGUAUAUUGGUUCUUUUGAUGUGUGUGACAACAUAACUAGGAAACAAUAACAAAACUUUUAGAAGUCGUAGUCCUAUGAUUUCUCCAAAGUAGUUCUCUUGUAGCAUGGCCAUACCUCAGGAAAACAAGGCAGGGAAAUGCUUAGUUUUGCACAAACAAUAUUGUAUACUUGUAGGAUGAUUAAACAUUAAGGGCCAGAUUCUUUAGCCUGCUAAAUCCACUUUUGCAAGCUGCACAAAGUGGGCAUAAAACAGCUGAAGAUGGCCAGUGGAGAAUUUCUCAUGCAGAGGAACUGUCUACCAGUGGAAAGCUGGAAGAGGUGGCUCUACCACCCCCAGCAUGGAGGAGAAGUGGUGCCUUCUGGAGCACUGAUCUACUACACUCUGUCUUCCUCUGGUGUAAAUUAUAUCUGCUUCACUGCAGCUCUAAUUUGCACCAGAGCUGGGUGGCUUAGGGCCAGGAAGCCGCAAACACCACUCAACCUCACCCCCACCGUGUCUGAGCAGAUCACAGACAGUUUGAGAGUCUGUUCCUCUGUAACAAUUAUGGCACAUAUCGUGUUAAUUGAUAUAGCAAGAAAGUCAUAUUAAACACUCCUUUGUCCAUAUAAUGCUUUCCCCUUAUUGAUUAUUGAUAUAUGUAUAAAUAAGCCUUAGAAUCAACCUGCUCCUCCUGUUAUGCACAUGACUAAUCUGCCUAUUUGAUGUUUGGCAAUUGCUAAGUAAAUUUACUGUGCUCUUUGGCAGAUGGGAGAGGAGGUGGGAAGGAACUGAGCAGUGAGAGGGAACUGUGAAAAAUCUCUCUGCCCCCAUGAAAAAUAUCUGUGGCAUUAUGGAAGCAGCAAAUGAGGGCUUAUCUAGACCAUAUCGGAAAGGGAGCAUGAGUAACCACAGCAUACCUAAAAGGACUGUUGCCUCAUGACAGAGUCAUAGUCAUAAAGUUUAAGGCAACGGGGCUACUAAAGGGUCUGACCUCUUUAUCGCAGGGCACCAACACCCUCACACUAAUCCCAACUAACCCAAAGUAUUACAACCCAUAGGAAGUUACUGUUAUGUGCCACAGGCAGAUAUAAUGGCCAUAUUAAAUACUUAUUGGGGGUGGGGGUUUCCCCAUGUACAAGGGAAUUAAUACCUGUGUAACAUCAGUCACAAAUCUGGCUCCUAUCUGAUUUCUUCAGUGAUGCUUCGGUUCAGUCAUUGGAACUCAAAUUGCCACAAUGGUAAUAAAUGUAGUGAAACACAUAUGGAACUGUUAAAGUCACUGAAUACAUCUUAUAAAUAGAAGGAGUAGGUGGAUCAUGAAAGAAGACCCUUGAUCAUUUCUUCCUCUUUUCUCUCAUUCUAACCAACGCUCUGCUGGUUCUCUGAUUUUUGUAGCAUUUUCUGCAGAGUUUGUUGUUUUGAGGUUUUUAAGUUUGUCCUUUAUUUUGUGUUGUUCUUUGUGAAAGUGUCUAGAUAACAUUCUUUCAACUAGAUUAGCCCUGUCAUUUCCCUAAUGUUUAAGGGACUUGAUUGAAUUAAUUUAACAUCCAAAUGAGAUCACAUAGGUGUGGAAGAAAUUAUUUUCUACUAGACAGGUUAAUUAGGCAUUUUAUUGUAAUAUGUACAGUUAAUACCUAUGGUAUUGAUUCCUGACACCUGUGCAAAUAUUUAUCAAACUUCUUGAGUGACUUGCAAGUUCUUGUCUUCACGGAUAGGAGCAAAUUAAUUAAAAACACCCCAAACAUUAGAAUUUCAGGAAACAAUAUAACAGAUGUUAUAUAGUUGUAAUAGAAAACUUUCUUAAACUUGUAUUUUUAAGUUCAGAAUUAGGAAGUAGGAGAAGAUGUGAUAGGGAUUAUUGGUUUUACUAUGUAAAUAACAAAAAUUGCAGUUUGAGCUUAAAAAUAUAAAAUGCAGUCUAAUGUGUAAAAGGAAAGGGAAAAAACUUGCCUCAGGUUAUUUUGUGAAAUACUUCUUGGCAUCCAAAAGAUUCAGUAUUCCAAUAAUUGUCAUGCAGUAACACAGCAGAUGCAUAAGUUACAGAUUUAUAGAAUAAAAUGUAGUUUUAUAUAGCACCUUUAUGCAAUAGUUAUGUGGUGUUUUACAGAACAGCUACUGGUAUUGAUGUAACUAUAUAGGAAAUGUAGCAGCUGUUUCUGAGGCCUGGUCUACACUUUUGGGGGGCGGGGGGGAGGAAAUCAAUCUAAGUUACACAACUUCAGCUAUGUGAAUAACGUAGCUGAAGUCGACAUACUUAGAUCUACUCACCGCGAUGUCUUCUCUGUGGGAAGUCGACAGCUGACGCUCUCCCGUCGACUCCACCUGCGCCUCUUGACCUGGUGGAGUAGUCGUCGGGAGAGCGCUCGGAGGUCGAUUUAUCGCGUCUAGAUUAGACGCGAUAAAUCGACCCCCGCUGGAUCAAUCGCUGCCCAUCUAUCCAGCGGGUAAUGUAGACAAGCCCUGAGAGGGAGAAUUUUGGUCAGGAAACAAGUUUUCCCUUUAAUUUAAAAAAAUAUUUAAUUUCCAUAGAAUCAGGAGAAAUGGCUUUUGGUUUACAUCUUGUCUUAAGGAUGGCAAUUCUAAUAACACACCAAAUGAAAUAAUAUAUUGCAGUCUUACAGUAGUGGACAACUGAAGCAGGGGAAUGCCAAACAAUAUAUGGCACAGAACUGAUCUAGUUACUGCACAGGAUUCCAGAAAUUCUGUCUCCGUAAUUUGGGAUUUUGAAUUAUGAACAUAUCUUUUGGGGGGUCCUGAUGGUAGCAAUCAGCAAUAAAGAGAAAUAAUUAUGAAUAAUUGUUGCAAAUGAGAUAAGCAAGAUAUUAAGAAAGCAUAAAUUUAGCUGUGGGGCUUUUUGUUGCGCGGGGGGAGGGGAGGAGGGAGGGAGAGAGUUGUCUACAAAUCUUCCAAACUGCAGACAAACCUUACAAUAAAAUUUCUUCUGUAGACAAUGUGAUGCUAAAUGAAAUGGGUUCCCUUUAUCACUGACUUGGAGUGCAUAUUCAAAACUAGAGUGGAAAUAACAUCAUUGAUAUGAAUAUGUUACAUGAUGGGACUAAUGCAUAUUAACUUUGCAUAACAGGUUUUUUUCCUAUAUCAUCUAGGCAUUUGUCAGUGUUUAGCAGUGACAGUCGACAGACCAGAUUUAUACUUUUGAAAAAGUUUUAAUCUUUCUCCAUUGGGAAUUUGUUUGGAGUUUAUUUAGAUUUUCAAACAGGUUUUUUUACAAAUUUAUGCAGGAAAUGCAUGUACAAACCAGGGUAGUGUUAAAUCUGUACAUCACUUUUUCAGGUGGGGAAGCGGGAGGGGAGCUAACAUGUAUUAGCAAGGAGAGAAUUCUAAAAAUGUAAAACAAUGAAAAUUUACCUCAGUGAAACUAGAUAGAUGACUUGAGACAGUAAUGCCAAAGUUUUUGUAGUGUUGCUGGAUAAUUUUUUUUAAAACACUCAUUUUAUAUAAAUGUAUUUAUAAAAUUAUUUGUUUUUGUUUAAAAAUGCAGCUCUGUUCGUUAUGCAUAUUUCAUUUCUUGGUGCUAUUCCUCAUUUAGAGAUUUGCCAUGUAUCGCUGUUGGUAAUGAUCUUGGUAAUCUGGUCAAUAUCGUUUCCUUGUUUACAGAUGCUGCUAUUUCUACGUGUUGUAAAUAUUUAAUAUUAGCCUUUUUAUUUAGAGCAAAUAGUUUGUACAUUUAAACUUUGUCAUUUAGACAAAAAAAUUCAUUGUCUGUCCAUACCAAGGUUACUAUAUUGUUGACUAAAUAUACAUGCUUAUAGGUAUGUGUUUAACAGAUAGUGCUGUGAAACUCUAAAAUGAAACUGUAUUAAAGUUUUUCUAAUGAUGCUUUUAUUUUUCAAGUUUUUAGUUUAUAGAUGCAGAAUUAAAAACAUAUGGAUAUUUGACAAAAUAUUUAGUUUUUAAUAAAAUUAUA